AAAUUAAUGGAGGGUGAUUGUAAUAAUAACACAACUAUUAAUAACGAAAGUAAUAAAUAUGAAAUUAGAAAAAAUAAAGGUAUUAGUGAUAAUAUUUCAAUUAGUGGAAGGCAUUCAUUUUGUGGAGGAAAUGAAGCAAGAAUAGAAAAAGUAAAAAAUGUUGAGAAUAAAGAAAAAGAUGAAAGCGAUCGUAUGAAACAGCUAUUCAAAAUAGCAUUGCCUCACAUUUGUUUAUACGUAAUUUUAUGUUUAUAUCUUUUGGUUGGUGCUUGGGCAUUUGCUAGAAUUGAACAUAGAGCUGAAAGAUUAGAACAAAGCAAAAGACUUUUACAAAUUUCAAAUAUUUAUGAACAAAUAACUUCUUCAAUUGAUGAAGAAUGCUCUUCCUCUUUUACACAAAAUCCAGAAAAUUCACAAAAACAAUUUAAUUCAAAACUUUUGAGAGAAGGAAUUUAUUCUUCCCUAUCACGCCUCUCACAAUUUUUUGAAGGCCCACAGUUUCGGUUGAGUGCCUCAGAAGAGCCUGUACUUGAUAAAAUACUUCCACCAAGAUGGGAUCCGAUGUCCUCAACUUUAUAUGCCCUCUCUAUUUUGACAACAACUGGUUAUGCCUCAGCAACACCUAUGACUCCAUUCGGUCAAUGGUUGUCAAUAGGUUAUGGAUUGUUGGGAAUUCCAUUAACUGUUUUAGCGGCUGUAGAUAUAGGCCGUUUUUUGUCAGAUGUUGUAUUGGCUAUAUAUGAUAGAAUUUUGCGUACUUUUCGUCGUUUACGUAAACUUUGCUGUCGAAUACGUCGUCGGCGUACAGGACCAGUUACUUUACAAAAUAUAGAAACAAAUUUAGCAUUUAAUGCAUCAUCACAACCUUCACUUGCCAAUCGACGGCGACACAAACAAUUGUUUUUUUAA